AUGUUUAGAUAGGAAGUUAGCAAAUAGAAACAAAAGUCGUUUGACUUUUAGAGUCCUUAGAAUCAUCCUUCAAAUAGUUUGAUAUCUUUUAUGAAUAGGACUCAAAAGAUAACUCGGGUUCAUACAGAUAAUAGUGAUGGAAAAAAUUAUCAAGAAUAAGUCAAAUUAAUACAAAGCAAGAAUAGUGAAUUGCAAAUUACAAGGGUUAAGUCAAAAAGCGUAUACUAACCUAUCAAUUAAAGUCAAACUCCAGAUACACCAUAUGAAUUGUUGGAUUCAAUUAACAUUCAUAAUGCGAAAUAUGCUCCAUCUAAAUUUAAAUUAUCUUCAAAUUAGCUAUUAAAUUAGUAAGAUAAUAUAAUAGUAGAAGAUUUGUAGUGCUAUAAAUGCAAGAAUAUUUCUGAUGAAAUUAAAGAGUGUUUAGGGUGUGGACAUUUGUUUUGUAAGGAUUGCGUAAGUUCUUCUGAUAAUGCUUGUUAUGAUGAAGAGUGCAGCUCCAGUUUUGAAAAUUAAUAAGACAAGAGAAAUCUUCGUUGGGAUUUAAGAGAACCAAGCAAAAUUAUUUAAAAGAAGAUAAACUAAUUGCAGUUUAAAUGCCUAAACUAGUAGCUUGGUUGUGAUGUAGUUCUAGAUGUUAAAAAUUAUGCUCAUCAUGUUGACAUCGAUUGCGAAUAUAUGAUCGUUGAAUGCCCUAAUCAGAGCAAAGAGUGUUAAAGCUUUUCUUCUUCACCUACAAAAUAAGCUUGCUUGUAUUUUGGACCUAAAAAAUAUAUGAAAGACCAUUUAUAAAUAUGCAAUUUAAAAUAGUUUCAUAGCAGAGAUUAGAGCAAAUAGAAUUCUAACGAUGAUAGGUCAUUAGAUUUGAAAAGAAUUUAGGUAGAUGACAUAAAUACUUUUUUACAUUCAUCUCAAGAGGAAUCAAAUAUCUUUGAGAGAGCAAAUCUUUAAAACUAAAACUCUUAAUUUACAUCAAAAAUCAUUAGCUUAGGUGAUGAAUAUGUAUAAUCUUAAAUGGAUGAAAUAAUUGAUUUAAACAAAAAGAUAUGCAACUAAUCACAAUUAAUUCUAAAAUAAAAUGAAUAAAUAGAUAAAUACUCAGAAGAAAAUAGAAAGCUGAAAGAUCAAUUAGAAAAGUUUUAAAAAGAGACUGAAUUAAAAAUAUCUAAACUGUAAGCAUCGAGUACAUAAGUAAUGCUUGAAAUGCAAUCAAUGAAAAAAAUGUACUCUGAAAAGAUAACUGAACUUUUCUAACAAAUAAAAGAAAUGAAAGGAGAAAACCUCGAAAAAUCUUUACUAAAGAGUUAAUCUGGAGGAGUCUAUACUAAAUUUAGUCAUAAUUCUAUCAAUAAUAGUUUUAUGAAUUAAACGAUUAAUUCAUAACAUCUAAGUGAAAAAAGCGAAUAAAAUAGUUUAUUAAAUACAAAAUAUUACUCUUCUAACUAAAUACUAAGCUAGUAAGAAUAAUAAGCUUUAAAAUCCCCUUAAGAUACCAAAUAUUAAAACCUUAGUUCAGAUUUAAGACCUUAAUAAAAUUUAACUCCAAGAUCAGGUUCCUUGUUUACAGCUAAAUUAGAAGAAAUAAAAACUCUCAACGGUAACGGUGAAAAUUCGGUAAGAAAUAAGAAAAAUUCAUUACAAAAUGGGCCUAGUUUUUUUGACUCAUAAGAAUCUUAGCAAUCAUAUCUUUACAAAGUAAACAAUUUAGAUAAUAACUUGAAUGGUACAUAAAGCUAUUAGUGCAAAUAGUGUUUUUCUAAGCUCAUUUACUCUCCAAAGUAGUAUUUAAAUGUAUGCUCAAGCUGCUUUAAAAACUAAUAUGGAAUAUAUUACUGCUAAAAUUGCCCAAGCCGCUUUUACUGUAUAGACUGCUGUCCUCUUUAUAUUAAAAAAGGGUUUUGCCCUAAUAAUCAUGCUCUCGUUUUAUAGCCAGAUGCUAGUAAAUCUUCUGAAAGAUUUGUCCAUAGAUGUAAUAUUUGUUCUAAGAUUUUUGCAGAUAAAGUUCCAAGUAAGCUAUAUUCAUGCCAAACAUGCGACUUUGAUUUAUGUUCUGGAUGCAUGAAUAUGAAAUAUGUCAAUUCUUGA